AUGGUCUUAUUUGAUUCUGGGGCUACACACUCAUUCAUUGCUGAGGAGUGUGUGAAGAGAUUAGGAUUGCUAACUGUUGAUUUAACCUUCAAUUUGGUGGUGACGACCCCUGCCGUCGAUCGAUUAGUUACGCGCACGGCAUGCUUGCAAUCUCCGUUGUUAUACGAGGAUCGAAAGUUCCUUGCGAACCUCGUCUGCUUAGGGCUUAAAGAGCUCGAUGUGAUUAUGGGAAUGGAUUGGUUGGCACAGUAUCACGUUCUCUUGGAUUGUGCUAACAAGCUCGUAGUGUUUCCAGAAUCAGGCGUUACGGAUUACUUGAAUUCGUACACCUUGAGGAAGGGUUCACCAGCAUUCGUGAACUCCAUUGUAGCUGAGGCGAAGAAUGACGUUGACGUGCGCAACAUUUUGAUAGUGCAGGAUUAUGAGGACGUGUGA